GAACGUGCGGGGAGGGCGGUGCGGCCGCCAUCAAUCCCCGCCGCGGUCCCGCCUCCCUCUCACAGCGGCCGGGGCGGCGGUGAGGAUGGCUGCGGCGUCCGGACGGGGUCGGGUGCUCUGCCUCUUCGAUGUGGACGGGACCCUGACUCCGGCUCGGCAGAAAAUCGAGCCGGAGGUGGACGCGUUCCUGAGGGAGCUGCGGGAGAGGGUACACAUCGGCGUGGUGGGAGGCUCCGACUACGCCAAAAUAGCCGAGCAGCUGGGAGAAGGGGAUGAAGUCAUCGACAAGUUUGACUACGUCUUUGCAGAGAAUGGCACAGUGCAGUACAAGAAUGGGCAGCUGAUCUCCAAGCAGGCCAUUCAGGACCACUUAGGGGAAGAGCUGCUGCAGGAUCUUAUCAACUUCUGUCUCAACUACAUGGCACUGCUGAAGCUGCCCAAGAAACGAGGAACCUUCAUAGAGUUUCGCAACGGGAUGCUGAACAUCUCCCCCAUCGGACGAAGCUGCACACCAGAGGAGAGAAUCGAGUUCUCCGAGCUGGACAAGAAAGAGCGGAUCCGCGAGAAGUUUGUGGCAGCCUUGCAGAGGGAGUUUGCUGGCAAAGGCCUACGUUUCUCUCGAGGUGGCAUGAUCAGCUUUGAUGUCUUCCCAGAGGGCUGGGACAAGCGCUACUGUCUCAAUGUACUUGACGAUGAGAGAUUUGACACCAUCCACUUCUUUGGGAAUGAGACAACCCCUGGAGGGAACGAUUAUGAAAUCUAUGAUGAUCCCCGCACGGUGGGACACAGUGUUCAGUCUCCCCAGGACACGGUCCAGCGAUGCCGUGAAAUCUUCUUUCCAGAGAGAGCAAAUGAGUGCUGACUUCCAGGUCCCCACAGCCCUGCCCUGACCCCACCCUCUACUCCCUCCGUCAGGAAAAGCACCUUCAUUUGAGGAAUUUGCUCAGGGUAGACAGAAAAAAAAAAAACGCUUUCCAGAGCUGGUCGGGAGGUGGCACAGGAGUGCAGAUGGGUGUGCAGGAAAGGAGCAGCUCUGCAGCACUCCACAUCUACAGCUGGGGCUCCUGGGACCAAACCCUUCCCUCACCUCUGGCAAAGCUUCUCUUUAGACCAUGCUCUGGUGGGCAGCAAUGCAGAUGUUUUUAUGGUCAGAAAGCAUUGGAAAGGGCUGGUCACAGUCCUGUGUGUGUCCUUCCCCUCUUCCUUUUCACUCCAGUCCUCUUAACACUUCUGCACAAGGGAAUAUGUGCCUCAUCUUUCUCCCUUGCCCCUUGGCUGGAGAUGGUGGGGUUGCUGAGGCUGCAGGGCACUCUCAGCAAAGCUACUUCAGAGCAAGAGACCAGGAAGGCUCUUUGCUCCAAGACCGUGGUAGGAAGGAGCAGCUGUUCCCCCAGUGUGUAGGCAGCGUUGUGCGUCCUAAGGGAGAGAGGGUCACCGUGUUCUUCACCUUGGUGCCACAGCAUGCCAGUCCCUACGGGUGACCUGGGAAUUACAUCUUUAAAAUUACUCUACUCCUACUCUAAGGUUUGCUCAGUUGCAUGAAGAAACUAAUUCCCUCUUUAGCUUACCCACCCCACCCCCCAAAAAAAAAAAAGAAAGGAUGUCAAGUCAGAUCAUGGCUGGAGGACCCCACAUAUCCCUUCCUUCCCAGUACUCAGAUUUUCUUAAUCCUGCCAUAGACAUUUUCAGAGAGGGCAAACAUGGCCCAGACCUGGUUUCUAAUGCCAACAGAGGUACUCACUCAACAGUGCCCUCCAAGCUUGCUUUUCCUCCACAUUUCAUCCCACACACUUGAUUUAAGUGCUCACCUUUAGGGACGCCAGUUCAGUGCAGCUACCUCGUGUCAUCCUGCUCCUCUUUUCCUGGUUUUUCGUGCGUUGCAAAAUCACAUCUCUCCUUUGGACCUUGAUCUCCUCCCUCACAUUGUCCCCUCAUUCCUGGCCAUUUUGCUGGGAUGUGUGACCACACCAGCAAUGCUAGUUACAACUCUGUAAUCAAGAGGAGUUCAGGGAUCACCUCCAGGGGGAUGUCCUGCUUAUAGCUCCCCAGAGCAUGCACAGUCUGGUGUUUGUGGACCUGGUGGGUGCCAGAGGUUCCUGCAAAAAUCCCAUUUUGGUGUCCCUGCGAGUCUUUCUUAGGACAUCCCUGCUGAUGUGGCACUGUCCCAUCUCUUGGUCUUAUGUUUCUCCUUUUUCUCCUGUUCCCACUUCCUUUGCCAUUGCUCUCCAUCUACCACCUAGCUGCUGGACUGCAGAGAGGUUUCUUAGCUGGCUACUGCCACUUAACCAAGGGGCCAGGUUCCUCAGGUGAGAUGCAUUGGUGUUUUUAGACUCCAAUGUCUAAAGGCAGGGCUCCCACGGGUCCCAUUGCCACAGGUAAAGUCCUGAGUGGACCUUGGCACUGCUGCCAGGCUGCAGAUGCAGGAGCAGGGACGCUGCUUGACCAGAGCUGGUUGGGUGCUCUCUCUUUCACCUGAAUGCACCUUUAACUCUACAACACGUCAGGUCUGUAAUGCAUCACAUUUGCAUGAGUGCAGCCAUCUGCCCCAGCAUCCAAAAAUCCCCAGCAAAUGCACAAAUUCCUCUGUCUACCCAGAGAAGACUUCUGCUUGGGGAAAGAGGACCUGAUGGGGAAGCCUGGGCAGUCUUUCACAGGGCACUUCUUUUGGCCCUCCACUGCAAGCUGCAUGGAGGAAUUGUGUGUUUUGUGGUUCCUCCUUCACUGUUUCACUGUGGAUCAGGUUACGUGUGAGUUUGUGGAGUUUAUUUUUCCUAUAAGUCUCUACCAAAUCAGCAGGAUCUCUAGCAAGCUUGGGGUGAAUGCAGAGCAGGGCCUAGCCAGUGGUGGCCUUGAGGCCUGAAAUGCCUUGCAUAUUUGAAGGGAAGGGAAGUCUCUGUUCAAGGCUGCUUUGUAGGCAGCAUGUCCCUUGCUCAGGGUGGGGAGAGUUGCAGGGUGAGCAGAGAAGAGGCAGAGAGGACCUCUGAGGCACCAAGCCAUCUCUUUCUCUGCUCAGGAGCUCAUGCGUGCAUAGGGUAGGAUCAAGUUCAGGAACCUUCCCUGUUCCUGUCUGUCUUAUCCCAUGCUUGUCCUAGUUGAGGGUACUUCCAACCAUUAGGCCUUUGUCCUGCUGAAGGAUGAGGAGGAUGGCAUCAGAAGUGGCUGGGAGGUCUGGAGGUCAUCUGGGCCACCUCCCUGCUCAAGCAGGACCACCGAGUGCCCUGGCUGCCUGCCCUGUGUUUUUGCAGGCAGGGAUGAAGUGGGAGCCUUACACCUAGGGGAGGGUGCAUGCUUGUCCCCAAGACCUCUUUGCCAUGAUGCUCCUGUCCUGGUUGGUGCCCACAGUGUGAGUGGGGUUUUCUCCUCGUGUAUGUGUGAGCGAGCAGAUGUGGUGAGACCCAUUUUGGGGACUGUCUUGCCAUAUGGCUCUGUAUCUGUGCAAGACAGGUGGCUCCUGUCUGGUACCAACUGUUAAAUGUGAAAUAUAUUUAAAUACACAUAUAUGUAUAU